UCGUACAUACAACCGCUUCUUCCGUGAUCCCGUCCGAGCAGCCGAGCCGAUACAUCACCUUCUACCUCUUCCUUCUCCGAGGUCUAUUUACAUACACCGUCAUUUUGUCCUUCAUUGGCCGAUAUGCGUCCGUAAAAGCUUUGUGUACCUUGUCCAAUAACUAGUUGUUUCUACGGUUUACACAGGUACAACAACACUCCCAAUCUACACCCCCAAUCUUAUUGGUACGAAUAACUUGUCACUUGCAACCUCAAGUGACUGUGCAGCACUCUUAUGAUACCACUCAACGCAACAAUUCUCACCGCGGUUUUCGAAGAAAGUACACGCUCGAUCGAUGGUAUUCGCACUUUGUCCUAUUUUCAAAGUUCCAUUUUCGCCGACUAUCUUCGUGUCUCUCCAAAUCUCUAGGUAAAAAAUAUUAGCGACGAUCUGCACGACUCAAUAUCUCAUCUACCUAAGACACCCACUCUGUCGUUGAUGGCCCUUCUGAGGUGCCUCACGUCACCAAGAUGCUAGCUCAUCGCCUAUUCGAUACAUUGAUGCUUCCCACACUCGGCGGGCUGGCUCUCCUACCGACAACGUGGGCCAAGGAUACUCAAUAUAUCACCGGCAUGAGCCUCGACGGCGUCACGGCAAGUUUAGCGCUCGACAGACGACCUGCCUUAUAUACGGGCGAUUUUGGUGAUUGUCUUGGUGGACAAAGCUUGCUGAAUGUCACCAAGUUCGACGCCGCCUUCUACUACGACAAUUCCACCGUUCUCUUCCACCUCGACGGAACUACCAAUAUACGCAAUGAAGCUGUUAUGCUAUAUAUAUCCGUCGAAGCUUACGGCGAAAGUAGAUUUGCCAUGGCCGUAAACCCGUGCAAUGUGAAUAUCUAUAGCAUGUGCCCUAUGAAGGCCGAACAGCCCAUCGAAGCCUUUGCCUUGUUACCAGUCGGCCCGCUACAGGUUUCUGGAAUCCCGCAAAUUGCCUACCAAGUUCCCGACCUCGAGGGGUUCGCGAGGAUACAGGUAUUCGCUAACUCUAGCCAAACCGAAAUUGGCUGUUUCCAAGCCGUCAUGAAGAACGGGAAUACAUUUUCGCAACCUGAAUCCAUCAGUACCGUCUUGGGCGUAUUUACUCUCGUGGCCAUGAUAGCUUCGUUUGCGACGGCAGCCUAUGGUGUUAGCAUACCCCAUAUGAGGAGUCAUUACGCUCAUUCAUUGUCUGUCCUCGUCAUAUUCGAAACCUUCCAGUCCAUAUUUUACUCUGGCGCGCUAUCACUACCUUGGCCCAGCGUACUCCCGGCGUGGUGGAGCAACUUUGCGUGGGCUGCUGGCUUGGUACCUAGCACUCAGGUGGUGAAUUCGAUUAAUCCCUUUGUUGGCGUCAGCGGCAACGCAAGUCAGGUCGGAGGAGCUGGUACCACGGUCAUCAACAACCAAGGAGGUCUCACUCAACAGAUUUAUGGCCGUUCGCUUAUAUCGGACGUCGUUAUCCAACUAUCUAGGAGAGGCCCGGAGAUUUUGAAGGGCGCCGUGAACGCUCUGGUGAAGAGACAGCCUUACGAUCCGAACGAUCCCUACGAUUAUAACUGGAAUGGCAAUCCGGUUCAUCCGGGGAUGCCAUUACCUGGCACUUCGCCUGGGUUUGCGGGCGAGCUAUCCGCGUUAAGCAUUCCUGCUCCGAAUGCGUUCAUGGUUGGGUUAGUGUGGCUCCUUGUCGUGCUUGGGCUUGUGGUUGUCCUGCUGGUGGCUUUCAAAUAUUCCCUUGAGGGCUUGGUGAAGCUUAAAUGGAUCAAACAAGAUCGCUUGGAGUAUUUCCGAUCCCACUGGACCGGCUACUUAAGCCUUGCUGUUCUAAGGACGUUAUUCAUUGCGUUCUUCUCUAUUACCACCCUGGCCAUGUUCCAGUUUGCCAUCCACGGUUCUGCUGGACCGACUGCAAUAGCUGCGGUUGUUUUCAUUAUUCUACUGGUUGGUAUGGGUAGCCUGGUCUUAUAUGCACUAUACUUUCGGUUGCGUUUUAGCACAUUCUCUAUGGAUCCAGACCGGAUCUUGCUACGACGUGGUAAGAUAUUUGGGUACGUUCCCUGCUUAGUACCAGUCCGUCUCAGUCAGUUGAAAGAGGAAGAAUCGAAAGAGAAGCCAGCUGGUUCCCUGCCUUUCGUUCGCUGGCAUUUCGUUGAUAAAGACACCAAUCGGAAAAAUGUCCACCAGGAUGAGAUGUAUGUGAAACGAUUUGGCUGGUUAUCUGCGCGCUAUCGGCUCUCGAGGUGGUGGUUUUUCGCCUUUUGGCUGCUCUAUCAAUUCGUUCGCGGCUGUUUUCUAGGGGGUGGUUCGGGCAAUCCCCUCGCCCAGGUUUUCGGACUGUUCAUCGUCGAUAUCCUCGCUCUUAUUGUCAUUGCUGCCCUUAAUCCCUAUGAAGGGCAGCGUAAUACCGCUCUGGCGGUUUGGUUGCUAGCACUCACCCGCGUGAUAACCACCGGCCUCUCGAUUGCUUUUCUCCCUGAUUUUAAUCUCAACCGCAUCGUGGUCACAGUGAUCGGGGUCGUCAUUAUUGUGAUCCAGGCCCUUCUUACGAUUGCGGUCAUGAUUCUGAUAAUCCUCGGCGGCAUAUCCUCGUGGAUGUCACUGUCUCGAAAUCGCGAAUACUUCACUACGCAGAGCCUUGAAGGAAUCCGAAUUCGCUACUUUGAACACAUUGAGCAAAGCGCAACUGACCAGCCUCCCCCACCGAAACCUAAAUCGAGAGCAGCGACGGAAUCAGGUUCUACGGAGAAAUUCCCAGAGCUACCACCAGCGCCCUACUUCACUGUUAAGUCUGUUCGACGAGCUCCCAAGAUCGCAGAUGAGGAUGAUGACUACCUGACCGAUAUAAACCCGGUUCGUGUGUCGCACGGUCCUGUGGGAAGGGCUAGCCGUACUGCUAGUAUCAGUUCGCGGCGUUCAGUCAGCAGUAUACCCCGCGGAGCGAAGGUGCAGCGCGCUUCGUGGAGUUCCAGGGACUUUUCUCAAGUGGACCUAGAUCGCCCCAAUCCUGUUCUCGUGAGGCGGAUGAGCGGCGGUACUCGGCCUGGCUCUGCGAAGAUUGCCGAUGGCUUACCGGGACAAGUCUUGGGGACGCCGGGCCCUAGUCGCCCGAUGACUCCUACGAAGGAAGUCCCCGAGAAGGAAAAAGAAUCCGAACUAGAUGGAGCGAAGGAAGUCGAGGUUGAGGUUGAGGUUAGGAAAGACGCUGAGAAGGGCUUGGAGGACUCUCAAUAGUCGUGGGGAUCCUUGGACACUUCCGGGAUGGUACUUAUUAAGUAAGUAAGGAUCAGGUACGAAUCGUGGGUUUGUAUGUACCCCGUGUCCUCUGCGUUUGUUCAUUUAGGUUCUGGCCGGUUAUACUAUACCCCUUAGGCGAUUUUAUUCUAAAAAGCACGCGGUAGAUUAGUGCAUUCAUUGGGCGGCGUUUGGUUUAUGAGGGAGAUGAUGGUUAUGAG